AUGAGGAGAUCUACGCAUGUAGCUGCGAGACAUGGUGUUGGACGACCACGUAAGAGCACUUUGGAAUCUCUGGCAACGGACUCGCCAGAGAUCCCUAUUGGGUUUGAGCCAGUCGGUCAGGGACAGACUCAAGAUACUGCAGAUGCGUCGGGUUCUCAGACCUCGAUGGCUCCUUUAGAGGUACCUACCUCGGCUGCACUCGCUAUACCCACCCCUACCGUAUUUACGGUACCACCAGGGGUACCACUGGCAUAUCCGGCACCUGCUUCGGUCGAGCCUACGGCGUAUCAGGCACCACAGCCACUUGAACCUACAGUUUACCCAGCACCCGCACCAGCGGUACCAGUUGCUCCAUUUCCGGCACCACCACCUACUGUACCUCCAAUCGCAACCACUCAUAUUGACCCUACAGUACCACCAGUGGUAUAUGCCCGAGUUUAUGCAACAGCACCGGGAGUACCUCCCCCGGUCUAUCCAGUGGUACUACCUAUACCACCAGCUCCAGUGAUUCCACCAGUUCCCGCGACGAUCCCUACCCACCUCACUAAUAUUGUCGCGGCACGAGCCUAG